UCCUCCUCCUUUUCCGACGCAGCAUCCCUCCCUCCCUCCUUCCCUCCUUCCUUCCUUCCUUCCUUCCUCCCCUCGUCCGUCUCCCCGGAUGGCUGCGGGGGCAUCAGCAGCGGGGCCCGGCUGAGCCUAUCUCCUCCUCCUCCUCCUCCUCCCUCUUCCUCCUCCUCCUCCUCCAGGUGCGACGAUGCCAGAGCAAAGCAACGACUACCGGGUGGUAGUCUUUGGGGCCGGUGGCGUGGGCAAGAGCUCGCUGGUGCUGCGCUUUGUGAAGGGCACCUUCCGCGACACCUACAUCCCUACCAUUGAGGACACCUACCGGCAGGUGAUCAGCUGUGACAAGAGUGUCUGCACACUGCAGAUCACGGACACCACGGGCAGCCACCAGUUCCCAGCCAUGCAACGCCUCUCCAUCUCCAAGGGACACGCCUUUGUACUGGUCUUCUCGGUCACUAGCCGGCAGUCGCUGGAGGAGCUACGGCCCAUCCGCCAGCAGAUCUUGCAGAUCAAGGGCAGUGUGGAGAGCAUCCCCAUCAUGCUGGUGGGCAACAAGUGCGACGAGACCCAGCGGGAGGUGCAGGCCGCUGAGGGGGAGGCCGUGGCCCAGGAGUGGAAGUGCGCCUUCAUGGAAACCUCCGCCAAGAUGAACUACAAUGUCAAGGAGCUCUUCCAGGAGCUGCUCAGCCUGGAGAAGCGCCGCAACAUGAGCCUCAACAUUGAUGGCAAGCGCUCCAGCAAGCAGAAGAGGACAGACAAAAUCAAGGGCAAAUGCAGCCUCAUGUGAGGAGGAGGAGGAAGAGGAAGAGGUGAAAGGCCGAGGGAUGCCAUUCGUAGCCUAUACUCGCUUCCUCGUUGGUGUCUGGGCUCCACUCUGUCAUCUUCCUCCUUGACAUCCUCCCAAAGACUCUCCCAACGGGUGUACGCAGCGGGAUGGAGGCAGAAGUCAACACUCCUUCUCUCCCUGCCCUACUGGACUGAAAGGAAGGACUGGGCUCUGCUUUCAGUGCUUCUCCAGUGGAGUGGGAGGGGGCUCCCAAAUCCUCACACCUUCUCCGUUAGUGGAAGGAGGGCCCAGAGGCCCACUGUUGGUUCGUUGCCACAAGCUGCACAGAGAAAUGCACAAUCCCUCUCCAUCUGAAGAGUCAGUCUCUCCCUCUCCGAAGUACUGUGUCCGAAACGGAUUGACUGAGCAAAGCACUGUGGGAAUUUCUUUGCCUGUCGCAGUCCUGCUGAUCCCACUGUGAGCACAAUUAUUUCCCCAAAGGCCCUGGGACCCACUUUGGCCCUUGGGGAAGACUCAGAUCUCCAUUUCCAAGCAGCCGCCUUUCUCUUUCUUUUAUUUCUUUGGGACUCGCCGUUUGUUUGGCUGCUGCUGCCUUUCCAGGGAUACAGAGAGAGGUGAGAUGUCCCAAGAGUUUGGAGCCAAGACUUCAAAUGAAGGAAGAGAUCAUCCAUCCAUCCAUCCAUCUGUGGGGAGAAAUGAAUGGGUUUCCUCGUCCUUGCUUUGCUCCUUCCUUCAUCUUCUCUCCCUCCCUCCUUCCUUCCUUCCUUCUUCUCCCUUGCAGUUCUUCAUUUGUCGGACGAUGUGAACAUCAUCUGUACAAUUCUGUCGGACUUUGAAAUGUACUUUGUUGUUAAUUCAGGGGCUUUGGCUUCUAAAGCUGCACAAGGUAACACAACCAAUCCAAAAAGCACAUGGCAAAGAAGUCAGAGGAGGCCGUUUGGCCAGGGACGCCACACCCUCCUAAGGCUCGAGGGGGACUUCCAAUAGGAUACCGGUGACCAGUGGAGCUUGUCUGCUAAAGGAGAGGAAGCACAAGGGUUGCGGGUGGCAAACGGAGGGGACGUAGCCCGAAAAACACCCAGAGGGCUGCAAAUUGCUCCACCUUUCUGUUGACCUUAGAACCUGAUAAACAGAAGCAGGGUUCCCUUGAUGCCCCAUACAUUGCAAUAGGGACACAUGUGGGGCGAAUGGGAACAUUAACAUCAUCAUCAUCAUCACCACUGCCAAAAAGACCCUGCUUUCAGAAGGGAUCAACCUCUGGUUCCAAAAGAUGAUGAUGAUGAAUGGGAACAGGAGGAAGAGGAGGAACCAGGAACCAGGCUGACAGAAGAGACCGGGAAGCCCCAUUCUUUCUGGUUUCAGCGCGUCCCAGAAUGUUUCCCGAUACGAUCCAAGACUUCCCGCUUAGCCUGGACACCCUCUUCCCUUCUGUCUCCGGAUGCAGGUUUCAGAAAGUGCUUCCCCUUCAUGCCCUGGCCUCCCUGCUGCCAAACAGGAACCUCCUCUGUUGCCUGCUCCUUCCUUUCCUUCUUUCAUAACUUCCUCCUUUAUUGUUUAUUUGUGCAUUCCUUCGUUCCUUUGUUCCCUGCCAGGGAAUCAAGGGAAUUGUCUCUAGGAAUCUGCAAAUCAGAAGAAAGCCAAAGCGCUGGGUGGCCUUUGGAACUAGGCCUCUGGGAGCUGUUUUGGUGGCAUUGUCUGGCUGCUGACCAUAGAGGUGACCUCACUGCCCCUGGGCGAGAAUGAGGGCUCUUUGCCUGCUGAGUCCACCAAAAGACAAGGCAAUACCUGCUUCAGGCCUAUGUUUUCUUUCAACGCCAGCAUCCCCUUCCUCUGAUGUACAAGUACAGCAAGAGGGCCUUGAGUGCUUUCUAGCUGGACCAAAGCACAACGAGUGCCAGCCCUGGACAGGUGGGCGGAGGUUUUGGGCUGGUAGGCAGGUUGGCCUUAGCAAUGCCCUAAGACUUCUGGGUUGCUGUGAGUUGCUUUCUGGGCUGUGUGGCCAAUAUGUUCCAGCAGAAUUCUCUCCUGACGUUUUGCCUGAAUCUGUGGCUCUUGGCAUCUUCAGAGGAUCUGAUGUGAGUCAAGCAAGUGGAGUGUUUAUCAAGAUCCCUGUGUCCCAAGUGGGAGAAAGAACCCUUGUCUGUGUAAAGCAAGUAUGGAUGUUGCAAUUAGAAAGCUGGAAUUUGUAUUUGAGUAGUCACCAAGCUGGAAAGUCAAUCAGUGAGUAUCUCUGCACAGAAGUAGCCUGGGUUUUGUUGCCUGGAGGCACCCUCUGCUUGGGAGGUAAAUAAGGAACACCACUCAGAAACAGGGAAACUCUCGACAAAAAGCAAACAAUCAAGGGCUAGUGAACACUUUCCAAACAAAGGAUGCCUCCAGGCAACAGAGGCCAGACUGACUCUGCAGCUUCAUACGUUUUAUGAGUAGUCGUGAAUCUGCAAAGUCAAUCUGUGAGGGUAUCUGCACUCCCAAAGACUGGCUCCAGGCAACUGAGGCCAGGCUACCUCUAUGCAGAGACCCUCACUGAUUGACUCUGCAAACCUUAUGGCUACUCAAUGCUAUUCAAGCUAGCUAAUUGCAGCAUCCACACUUGCUUCAAACAGACAAGGGUUCUUUCUCCCACUCUGGACAUUAUUACUCCACUUGCUUCACUGCCAAAAGACCUCUGAAGAUGCCAUUAGCCCUAGAUGCAGGCGAAACGUCAGGAAAAAUGCUGCUGGAACAUGGCCAUGCAGCCCGGAAAACUCACAGCAUCACAGCCUUUGUACAUAGAAGUGUCCCCCCCCCCCAAUCCAAUCCCGCUCGCUUGCUCCUCCUCUUUGGUGCAAUCUCCCCCCCCCCCCCAAAACCUGGCUUCUUCUGUUUUUCUUAUAGAGAAAAGGGAAAACCCACAAAAGGAGCAGCAUAAACCAAUAUACUAGUCUUACUAAUAAUACUAUUACUAACUAACUACUACUGACAAUAAAUAUUAUUAAUGAUGACGACGUAAUAAUAAUAAAACAGAAACCACCCCAUGGUACAAUGUAGCCUUUAUUCUAGAAAUAGUCUUCCUUGAAUGAAUAAAAAACAGAUUUAUCCCAA